AUGAGUUCUAUCGCAUCUCGUAGACUCGCUAAAGAGCUUAGGGACCUCCAAGUGAAUGGGUGUCCCGUCGGUAUCGAACUCUUGGAAGUGGACGAUAAGUGGGUGAUGGGCAUCGAGGGCGAGAAAUUCGCACUCAUGUUUCGAUUCGAGGCCCAGUAUCCAAUAGCAUCUCCUAUUGUGACAUUCGUUCCAGGAUACAGACCGCCAGCAAACACUCAAAGCUCGUUCGAUCCCAACAUGACAUACUCUGUUCCAAUUCAUCCCCACGUCUACUCCAACGGCCAUAUAUGUGCCUCCAUUCUGGGCAACGAGUGGUCACCCGUCUUGACUGUGGCAACUGUCUGUUUGACUUUGCAAAGUAUGCUAGCUAGCUGCAAAAAGAAGGAAAGACCGAAUGAUAAUGACCGUUAUGUGAGGAAUGCGCCAGAUAAUCCCAAGAAGGUUAGUCCCCUCUCGAUACGUGACCUACAAGACUGA